UUUGUUCAGCUUAGACUUAGUUAUUCGAUUUUCAUGUGAAGAAUUAUCUUCAUCUUGACAGAUUUUGAUCGGCCGAAUUCGUCGAUGGGCAACAUUAUUGUCUCUUUGUAAUUUCUCCAAUUUUUCAUAACGUGCUAUGAUGAAACACCGUUUUUUGUGUUUUAGUUAACUGAGUCAACUCGCCGUUUGAGAGUAUCAGCCAUCUGUACAAAAGCGAGAUUCCAACUCGUUUACUUUCUUUCUCCUGCGGCUUCCAGCCCCUGUCUGAUUGCUCUUCGAGGAUGGAUAUGUGUUUGCCAUUGAAGGUUUUAUGGAAGUUCACGGCGGGACAUGUCUUCAAGUUUCUAUAUGGGCAGGGAGUUUACAUCAACAAUCUGGAGGAAAACGUGGAAGCCCUGGAGCUUGCGUUGGAAGAGCUCAGAGAAAUUCGAGACGAUGUUUUGGGAGAGGUGACUGAACAAGAAAAAAAAGGUUUUAAACUGCGUGCUCAAGUUGGAGGAUGGAUUAAAAGGGCACAAAAAACUGAAGCCGAUGUCAGUAAGCUUCUUGACACCAGAGCAAUCCAAAUGGACCGACUGUGUUUAGGUGGAUUUUGUUCAAAUAAUCUCAUGUCGAGUUGCGAUUACGGUAGAGAGGUGGUGAAGAUGUUGAAGGAAGUUGAACAUCUGAAAUCAGAACGACGAGAUUUCAAUGUGGUGGCAGUGAGACUUCCGACACCUACGGUGGAGAAAAAGGACAUCCAAUCUAAGGUAGUUGGUUUGAACUCAUUGAGGCAAAGGGCUUGGGAUGGUCUAAUGAAAGAUGAAGUAAGAAUCUUUGGGCUUCACGGCAUGGGGGGAGUAGGCAAGACCACCCUCCUUAAGCACAUCAAUAACAACUUCUCCCUCGUCGAAAAGGAAUUCGACAUUGUGAUUUGGGCCGAGGUGUCUCAGGAUGCACCCAUCGAGAGUAUCCAAAAGCAAAUCAUGAGGAGACUAGGCUUUCGUGAUGGUGAAUGGAGAGGGAAAACUCGAGUGGAGAACGCCUCCGACAUACGCAAUGCCCUUAGUGGAAAGAGAUUCGUGUUGUUGUUGGAUGAUUUAUGGAGUGAAGUAGAUCUGAGUGAGAUAGGAGUUCCAUAUCCGACCAGAGAAAAUAAAUGCAAGGUAGUGUUCACCACUCGUUGGGAGGAAAUAUGCAAUGUGAUGGAUGCUAAUGGAAAUAUGGAAGUUAAAUGUCUAUCAUGGGAUGAUGCAUGGGACUUGUUUCAACGUAUAGUCGGAGAAAUGACAUUGAAAAGUCACCCAGACAUCCCGGAACUUGCAGUAGAAGUUGCUGUAAUGUGUGGUAAGUUGCCACUUGCGCUCAACGUCAUUGGCAAGGCCAUGGCUAGUAGAAAGACGGUAGAGCAAUGGCGUCAUGCAAUCCGUGGCCUGAAUUCAUUUAGCUAUAAUUUUCCUGGUAUGAAAGACAAGAUUUUUAAAAUUCUGAGAUUUAGCUAUGCUCACUUAGAGAGUGAAGAGGUCAAAAUGUGCUUUCUGUAUUGUGCUUUGUUUCCGAAAUAUUGUGAAAUAUCCAAAGAGCUGCUGAUAGAUUAUUGGAUAUAUGAAGGAAUUAUAAAAACAAAAGGUCGCGGAGAUAGAGACGAAGCUGUUGACGAGGGUCAUGAUAUAAUCAUGACGUUAGUUUCUGCAUGUCUAUUGAUGGAGGAUGAAUCGAGAGAGAUGGUGAAAAUGCAUGAUGUGAUUCGUGAGAUGGCCCUUUGGAUAGCAUCUGACUGUGGACACUAUGUCUUGGAAGCUGGUGAGGGAUUACGUCAGGUUCCCAAUAUCCGAAACUGGGAAAAAGUGAGAAGGAUGUCGCUAAUGUAUAAUGAUAUAGAGGAGAUAGACGGAGAUGCCAACUGCCCUGAGCUUACAACCUUAUUCCUACAGUGCAACAACGUGAGGACUAUUUCUGGCCAAUUCUUUUGGCACAUGCCGAAACUUGUGGUCUUGGAUCUAUCGGAUAACAGGAUUCUUGAAGAAUUGCCAGAAGAAAUAUCGCAGCUAGUCUCCUUGAGGUAUCUCGACUUAUCUAGGACAAGGAUUAAGCAGGUACCGGUUGGAUUACAAGAGCUGAGUAAGCUAGCAUACUUGAACAUAGAGUGGACCCUUGAAUUGGAAGGUAUUGGAUGGAGGAUAUCAAGUUUGCGGAAUCUGCAAGUGCUGAGAUUGAUAGGGCCUGGUGCUUGUUGCGAUCUACAGCUAUUGGAGGAAAUACAACAGCUGGAGCAUUUAGCAUACUUGACAAUAUGUGUGAAUGGUGACGCUGUGGGGAGGUUUCUAGGCAUCCGCCGUUUGACAAGUAUUACUCGACACUUACAAAUUAAAUCAUCAGCAUCAUCAGUUUUAGUAUUGGACCCUGUAGCUUUGGGCUGUCUACGACGGAUUCGGGUUUUAGACUCUGAUAUGUCGGAGAUAAAGGUAGAUUUAGCAAGCAGGACGUGGCUGUCCGCUCCACGCUUCCGUGACCUCUCCCAUGUCGGAAUAUACAGCUCCGAGAGUCUGAAGGAUCUGACGUGGCUGUUGUUUGCUCCAAAUCUUGUAACUCUGGAAAUCGAUAACUCGUGGCAAAUGGAGGACAUCAUAAACGGAGAAAAAGCGGAAGCUAUUAUGAAUGGGCAACCGAGUAUCAUGCCCUUUGAAAAACUUGAACAUCUUACCUUGGGUGCUUUAUAUAAGCUGAAGAGCAUCUACCCGAGCACUCUGCCUUUUUCAAACCUCAAGAGUAUCGGUAUAUUCAGCUGCCCGCAACUGAAAUGUCUUCCCCUGGAUUCUGAGAGCGCCAAGAGGGGUUUCGAAGGCAUAGAGACAGACAAGAGUUGGGCGGAAGGAGUUGAGUGGGUGGAUGAUGCUACCAGGCAGCGGUUUCUACCCAGAUUGAGAGUAGUGGACGAAGAAACCUCUUCAUCAGAGGCUUUGAUGUGAAGCUCUCUCUCCUCUUUCCCUCCAUGUUUCUGAUGCUAUUCAGUCUCUCUCUCUCUCUCUCUUGAUCCUUCUUUCCCCUUUUCGUUGGAAGCUCCGGUGUGUAUCUUCUGGUGAGUUUGGAUUGUUUUCAUUUCAGUAAAUCCCCCUUGGUUUUGUGUCGCAACCUCUUGAUUUGGCGCUCUUUUCUACAUUCUGUCUGAGGAUUUCAAGAGCAGCUGCUUCUGAUUAUUUGAACCUCUAAAUUCUUCCAUUGAAUUAUCCCUCUCUCCCCCACCAUUGAAUUUUUUUUAUCAAAAUUUGAAAAGUUUAAUAUGAAUUUGGAAGUGGAAAAAGUUUU